AUGAGGUAUCGCCUGCUCAUCCCUAUUCUGACUCUAUUCCUCAUUGAAACAAAUGCAUCAGAUGCCGAAUACAAGUUCGUCGUUGUUGAAGGAGAACCCGUCACUCUGAAUGCGUCGGAAUCUGUUCAAGUGGCGAGUUUCGACGAGUGUACGGACAAAUGUGAACAAAAGACAGAGUGUGUUCUCGCAUACCAAUCCAACUCAUCCGAUCCCUGCUAUCUUUUCGACUGGAAUUCCAUCACUCAAAUCAUCAAAAAUGAGUCUGGAGGCAAUGGAACCACUGCUUUCAAGGUGUAUACCGAUCAACCAGCUUGUGAACUCAAUUCGGCAUAUCUUUUGAAUGGAAAAACUUAUCCGCUGUUUCCAAACGACACUGCUCAAAAUCUAUGGAGAAUCGACACUUCGGAAGAUGGAUGGACCAUUACUUACAUUGAUUCCAAACCAAUCGACAGUCUAGUCUGCGGAAACUUCUCCUACAAUCGUCCAUAUGAUGAUGGCUGUAAUCCAGAGUGCAACAUUACCAUGGUCCAAGUAUGGGCCAAAUUCGGACCACUUACUAAAUUCCUUACAAAAGACGCUGGCUGGGAGUACGAACCACCAGCAGGAAACAUGUAUAGGAGAAACGGUAUCAACAAAACCGCAGAAACCUUUGAAAUCUGCAUGUACAAGUGUCACGAAGACCUAAGAUGUGCCGCUGCCUAUUUCGAUAGAGAUAAUGCCACAUGUGUGAUGGUUUGGACAGGAGAUUUCUGGUUCCUAGAACGGACGUCUGCGUCAGAUGGACAUCAGAUUGCAAUCAAGCUUCCUAUGAAUGAUAAACUCUGUAAAAUGACAACUGAUCAGCUGUUAGAUGAUCAGUACUAUUUGUCUUCGCCCGCAAUGCUGACAACUUUCGACAGACAGUUUUUCAGAGUGCAGACGACAGAAAAAUACUAUGUUUUCACUUCGUACUUGGACUACUACGAGUCAUUCUAUUUCAACAUGAUUAAUGGAUGCCCAGUCAACAAUAGGGCGUCUGCACUUCGAAAAGACUAUUAUCAAGGCGUACAAUAUACGGCGUACAAUCAUUUUUUCAACGAGACAAUGUGCUAUCGAUACGACGAAGCACCUGGAAUCACACAGGCGGAAGCCAAGGAACUGUGCCAGUUGAUGGGACAAAAAUUACUUUCCGACAAAUACGCGGGCUCGAUUCAAAUGAUUGCCGAACAAAAAGAGGAUUUGCAAGUGGUCGAUUUUCAAGAAACCAUGUUCGAUUUGUUCCGAUUGGGUUUCUACAAAAACUCGUCGAGAAUUUGGCAUGGACUUGAGAAGGAUCCAGCGGAUGGAAAGUGGAAAUGGUUGGAUACGCGUUUCGUGCAGUUCCCCGAGGAUGCGUUGCCAAUUCCAUGGGCGCCAGGAGAGCCAAAAGAGGGUCCUGAUAUGAAUUGCGCCUACAUGGGAUGGGGAGAAGGAUACGACCCGUUCAACGGCUAUGCUUACUAUGCGGCACCCUGCAAUUCAACAGUCGACGGAAUCGCAUGCUCUUCAGCCCAAGUAAAUGAGAUGAAUAUCAAAAAAUGGUCGGAAGUUGCCGACGACUUUGGAUAUAGAGGUACAUGCUGUAUUCGUCCUGUUGGAUGGAUUAACGAGUAUCCAGAAUAA